AUGCUUCAAGCAGCGACUCAAAAUUACUUAGUGCAUUAUACGGCUCCUGAGCAAGCUCCAAACUCCGAAAGCUUGCAGGGUUCGGACCGCCCCUUCCACAUAGCCGACUCUACCAUCUUCCAUGAAAGGAUGUUUGCUCUUUCGGAAACUGUUUCGACUUGUGAAGUACGACCUUUCCAAAUUCAAAUUUCACAGUUUCUCAAAGAAAUCGGAAAAGGAUACAGCCAACAUUUGAAAAAGCAAAUGCUAAAACUCCAAAAAAAAUCGGAAGAAGAAAAUAAAUCUAAUAAGGUCGGAUUUACAUAUAUGGACCGACCACAUUUAACGGAAUCCAAUGUUGAAAAUUCAAACACACAAAAAAAAGAAAAGAAGACAACACAAACCUGA